GUUUUAAUUCUCCAAAGCAGUUUCCAAUACCUGCCUCUCUCUCUCUCUCUCUUCUUUAUCAAGAUUGCCUUGCCAAAAUCGUUUUCAGUAAAUUGUCUUUUUACCAGACACGGUUGAACUUGACUUUGCUUUGUUAAAAUGCAAAGCAAAGCAAAAGCCAAUCCGUGUCUGUAAUAAGUCUUACCAUACCCAACAGAUUUCAGGAUUUCCCAGGUUUCAUUUUGAUAGGAAAAACAAAAACAAAAAAAAUGGAAAAGAAUUCUUUUGCUUUGAUUGAGAAUUGAAACUGGGUUUUGUUUUGAGUUUCUAUCCUCUUGGUUUUUGGGGGGCUAGAGUGAUUGAUAUUUUGGAUUCCUUGAACCGAGAAAGGUUCAGCCUGAUAAAAACAUUGGUAUACUGAUUGAGGGCUGUUAUUGAGAAUAGGGUUUGAUCAUCUUCUUCGUCAAUCAGGGGCCCUGUUCUGAAGAUUGAACUUGUUUCUUUCUGGAAAACUACCAGUUUGUUAUUUCGGGUGCCUUUCACAUGAAUAUGAAAAGGAGAAAUGAUAAACUUCUGGGUGAUUGAUGUUGGGAGAAAUUUGGUCUGUUUGUCUUUCAGAAGUCAGAACCAAGUCUGCUUGGCAUUGUAUCAAGCCUAAUUAAUGUGCCAUGGCUGGUAGUAGCGCAACUUUGCCUAGUCAGGAAACAGAUAUCACAGCUUUAAAAGAAAUGCUUCUCACUCAACAGCAACUUCUGCAGAAGCUUUAUGCUGAGUUGGAUGUGGAAAGAGAAGCCUCUGCUACUGCUACUAACGAAGCUUUGUCUAUGAUACUGCGUUUGCAAGGAGAAAAGGCAUCAGUGAAGAUGGAAGCAAGUCAAUACAAGAGAUUGGCAGAAGAAAAGAUUGGCCACGCAGAGGAGUCUCUUGCAAUUUUCGAAGAUCUCAUGUACCAGAAAGAAAUGGAAAUUUCUUCUCUUGAAUACCAAAUUCAGGCGUAUAAGUACAAACUUCUAAGCAUGGGUUGUGAUGAUUUGGAUGAUACUGAAAAACAGUUUCCAGAGAAUCCAUUUUCAGAAAGAAAUGAUGCAUUUCUUGGAGGAAAGGGCGUCCAAGCCACUGUGAGAAGACUCAGCUCUCUACCAGCUACUUUACCUAUUGAUUUCUAUCAAAAGAAGAGUACUAUUGAUGGAGAAAGAUAUACAAUUCCAGUUGCAGAUUUGUCUUCAAGCAUAGAUGUGGAAAAUUUUGACCAGGUAGUUCAUGAUAAAAGCUCGGAUUCAAAGAGGAGUUCCUUAAACUCAGCAGCUGGUGACUACAAUUCUUACUGGGAACAGAUCAGAAUGCUAGAUGAAAAGGUGAAAGAGAUUUCAGAUUGUAAAGAAGUUGGUCAAAAUAACUUUACAAAUGUAAAGGUUGAAUCAGUGUCUGGAAGUACCAGCUCAUCCUCUGAUCCAUCAAGAGCAAAAAUUCCCCCUAAAUGUCACAAAAUAAAAAGAAACGAAGAUUCAUUAGAAAGAGAAGCCAUUCCAAGUUCUGCCUGUUCCUCUAAUACUGCUCAUGAUAUAUUUGAAGUUCCAGAAACCAGUGAGAGAAACAAAACUUGCUUUAAUGGGGAAAAGAGUCAAGGUAAGUCAGUUUUGGAAGGAGAUAAUAGGCUUAAGAAGCCAGAUUUGAUCCUGGAAGAACCUUUUAUAUCACCUGCAGAAGAUGAAAUUAACUGGAUAGAGAAGAAUAACUUUCUAAGUGCAAAGCCUGAGAAAAAAUCAAGUAAACUGAGAGGUGAGAUGAAUGCUGACUGCAUAUCGCCUGCUCAAUAUGAAACUGAAUGGGUGAAGAAGAAUAACUUGCCAGGUGCAAACCAUGAGAAAAAAUUAUGUAAACUGAGAGAUCAGACGAAUGCUGACUGCAAAUCAGCUCUUCUUCACCCAGCCACUGGUGUUACUGAUUAUCGAUCUGAGUUGCAACAGCUUACUCAGAGAGUAGAGCAGCUUGAGAGUGGGAGAAACAAUACAAGGCAUGAAAUUAGUGAAGGAAGGGAAGAGGAACUGAAUAUGUUGAGGGAGCUACGACAGCAGCUUAAUUCAAUACAAUCUGAGAUGAGAAAUUGGAGACCCAAGAAAUCCACUCCUUCGGAUGAGGUCACUCUGCUUUCUCUCCAAGAGGCAAUGCUGCACUUUUGGCUGUAAUCAAGCAAUUAAUGCGGAAUCAACUCAGACAAGCACCAGUGAUGUGAAGACAUAUCAUGGGCUAAAAGACUGCUCUGCACAUAUAAUGUAUAUAAUGGUAUCUUUUGAUUUUCUAGUGGGUGCUGCGAGAAAAUAGAUAGUUCUUUUAUUGGGCUUGUUUUGCAUAUAAAAUGAAUAUGAUGCAAAAAUUGGAUAACAUGCAUCCAUCAGGAAAAGAAAAAAGUGUAUAUCUUCAGAAUUUGGGGGUUUUUGUUUGAGCUCUUUCAUGUAUGAUUUCCUCCUGAAAGUGAGUUGGUUUUGCAAAGCUGAGUAGCUAAUUCAUAUAUGCACAUGAAUUCUUCUUUCUG